AUGUCAUAUAGCGCAAACUUAAUAUCCAAAGAUACAAUUCCUGAGACAAGUAAUAUCAAAAUUUCUGAUUUGGCAAAAGAUCCAAUGUUGGUCUAUUCAGCUUCUGGUAAGCUAGUAUCUCAAAAUAUUCCUGAUAGCCCACCUACAAUGUUUAUUAGCGCAAAUUCGUCUCCAGGAUGCAAUAUAGUCAAUGAAAGAGAUGACUCAUACUCAAAUCUAAGUAACUUUUAUUCGAUAUUUUCGAAAAUUAGUGAGGAGAUGAAGAAUAAAGAGAUGAUUUCAAAUAACAACUUGCCAAAUGGGGGAUCAAUUUCCAAUAAUAUUGGAUUAGGAGUUGGAUUUCCUAUAUAUAACCCAACACCAGGUGCUCAACUACUUCCCCCGAGCUUAGUUAAUAACUCUCAGGGUAAUAACUCUAAUAGUUUCAAUUCGUUUAGUGUUGAUGAAGGAAGCUUAAAAUCCAAAUUAGACCAUUCAAAUAGUCCAUAUCCUUAUAUUGGAUCUCAGAUAGAGUGGAAUAACACAAUGAAUGCUUAUUAUCAGCAAUUAGCAUUAUAUAACCAAAUGGCUAUGGCAAUGUAUUCUCCAAUUUUAUCUGGUGGAUAUGGAAUACCAGGUACAACAGCGGGGUGUUUUAAUCCAUUGUUUAGACAGAUGUAUCCCGGAUGGCAAAACAAUAAUAGUACAAUUACUGGGCCAGGGACAGGAUCUGGAUCUGGAUCUGGAUCUGGAUCUGGAUCUGGAUCUGGGUCUGGGUCUGGAACUGGAGUCAUAGUCACACCUUUUAAUUUGUUUGAAUUGCAAACUGGAGCAUCGCAAGUUCCAAACAUGGUGUCUUUGGCCUCUUUAUCUCAAUUUUCUUGCAAUGGAGGGACGUCAAAUACUAAUUCGACCCCCACAACCAACGUAAUUGGAAGUUCAGGAAAUCACUUAGGCAUGCAACCUGUUAAUCUCACAGGAGGCGUAGCCAAUAACAACAUUUCAGUAAAUAGUUCUCCAGUUCAUUCUUCCCAAUCAAUUCCUUCUUCAAUUCUUUCCCCUAUUAACAGGUCUCAAUCUUCAAAUUCCAGGAAUUCUUUGAAUAAUUAUGAUGCUGGUUUUGAAAUCUCCAAGUCUUUAGGAGAUUGGGUAUCUAAAAUCGGUAUCAGACAAGAAAAUAGAAAAGUUGAUAAGGCUAGAAAGUCUAUUAAAUCAAAUGUAGGUGGAAGAAGAAAAAUUGAUAAGAGUUCUGCAAUUUGUAUAGUUUGUGGAACAACUCAAACUUCACAGUGGAGAUUUCUUAAUUUGGGGGAAUUAUACAAUAAUAGUAAUAAAGAUGAGAAUUCAAACUUAAUGAAACAGGAAUCUAAUGAUGCUUUAAAUAUUCAUUCUGAUCAGCUCUCAUCUACUCCUGAAACAAAUUCCCUUAGCACUGUUCCGCCUGUUACCUACAUUGAAAAACAAAUCUGCUGCAAUGCAUGCUAUAUGAAGUAUGAUAGAAACCGUCCAAGAUAUAGAAACGGGAAAAAGGUUCCUCCGCCUUUACCUCCGUACCUAUAUUCGCAGAAUCAAUAUAUUACCACUGCCAAAGCCGAUGGAGUUGAUAAUCAUUCUAAGUACAAGCAGGAGGUUUCGUACACACACUCUGAAUGA